UUUGAACGCGAGGACAAUCCGCGACCCACACUUGCUUUGGAGUAUUCUUAUGGGCGACGCACGAGUGGCACACAAAAACAGGUGCUAAAUAUUUGGGAGCUCGGCGCUUUGGACAAUGCAGAACAAUUGAUUUCUGUGCCUUUGCGCACGCAUGGACUCGAAAAUUUUGCGGCCAUUAUAAUGUUGGAUCUCUCGCAGCCGAAACGUGUUUGGCCGGAAUUGGAGCGCAUUUAUCAAGCGUUACGUAGCACAAGCAGUAAACUGUUGAGCCCGGAUGAGGAACAAAUGUAUCGCGAGCGCAUGGCAGAUCGUCUCAAAAAGGAUCACAACGAUUUGGAGUGUCUCGAGCUGAUGUCAUUCCCAAUAGUUAUAGUUGGUGGCAAAUAUGAUUUGUUCAAAGAUUUCGACGCCGAGCUGAAACAACAUAUUUGC